GGUGUAUGAAGUGUGAUGUGAACGGGUGUAAUAGUAUCGCAGAGAGUGCUUUCCUUACACGAUCAAGAUGUCUUAGCUGUCUAUCGAGUGUGGAUGGAGAGGAGUGUGAAGAGGGAACACUGGAUCCAGUGCUUUGUGAGGCAAACAAUGGAUGUUAUACGCGAGUUGAUGAUGGAGUGCUAGAACGUGGUUGCCUUGCCGAAUUGGAUGAAAUUAGUGAACAGAAGUGUCUAGAUGUGUCAGAUACUUCGUGUAUUGUCUGCGAAGAACCGUCAUGCAAUGCUUUGAAAUGGUUAAAGUGUAUUAAGUGCAAAAAAUCUCUUAACCCACUUUGUGCGAACCCGUUAGAAACCUCUCUUGAGGAUAUAUCCUCGUUUUGUUCUAAAUACGACUCGCAAGGUGCGUGUUACUCACGAGCCACUGAGUUUGAUCUGGAGAGAGGCUGUUCUUUGGAGUUACCAAACCCGGCGCUGGUAUGUGACGAUACCGUCGGGUGUGUCACGUGUCUUCAAUCGAAUUGCAACGAUCAACCGGAAGAUUCUUUUCGCGAAGGAGUAAAAUGUGUUCAGUGUAGCUCAAGCGAUUCAGACUGUAACGGGUUGACCUUACCAGACCCUAAGCAGUGUCCAUCAACAAAUCUUCAUUGUUUCACUCGAAUCGACGAGGGAAAAUUGGAACGCGGAUGCCUUUCGUCACUGAGUCAGGAGCUGCAGGAAAACUGUAAGGAUGCAAACAAUCCAUCUUGCAUCGUAUGUACGGAGGACGGUUGCAAUACACAGAAGUGGCCAAGAUGUUACCGUUGCACUAGCUCGAGUGAUGAAAGCUGUGAUACUAGUUUGAAUACGGAUCAUCUGAACUUUUGUGAUGCAUACACUGAGCACAACAUUUGCCAUUCAUGGAUUCAGGACGGAGAAAUAUCACGAGAUUGCACCAUUGACAAAGAAACGGUGUGUGCUGAUAAUAAUCGAUGCCUGGUUUGUGAAGCAGAAGGAUGUAACUCACAUUCCAGGGAGCUGCUAGAUACCGUUCACACGUGUUACCAUUGUAGCUCUUCAACGGACGAGUGUGAUCAACUUGAAGGCACUGGCACAGAAUGUGGCCGGCGGAGCGAUAGAUGUUAUACCAGAGUCACAGAUGGUGUUCUUAUUAGAGGCUGCUUGUCGGAAAUGGAUUCGGAGGAAGAGUGUCUUAGCGCACCAGCUAGCCAGUGUGUUGUAUGCAAUGAUAAUGAUUGUAAUCAGCAGCGUUGGAAUGCGUGUUAUCAGUGCAGCAACACUACUAACUCGGAUUGUGCCGAUGAACAAAAGAACCAGAGUGAACCCGCGUACUGCUCUCGGUAUGAUGCGAAUGGCGAAUGUUAUGUGUCCCUCAACGAAGGGCAUUUCACCCGUGGUUGCCUUUUAGAUCAUGAAAACGAGUCCUGCGACGAUCCCUGGCAAUGUGUUUCUUGCACUGGUUCUGGUUGUAAUGAAGGUUCAUCAGAGAGCUAUUUUGGGCCAGCUUAUUGCUUGCAAUGCCGUUCUGAUACUCACCGGGAAUGUCUGAAUGAGACCAUGGAGCCAGUGAAAUGUGGCAACCCAGCGGAUCUUUGUUUCUAUCGGCGCGUCACCUCUCGCAUAAUUGAACGUGGUUGCUUCUCUGAUCUUAGCCCAGUGCUACAAACAACCUGCAGUAGUACGAGUAGUCGUUCCUGCCUUACCUGCAGUGGCUCGAACUGUAAUGGUGUCCAGUGGAGUCGUUGUUACCAGUGCAGCAGCUUCUUGGCAGCGAAAUGUGAGUUGCUGCAAAGCGAUGAGACACAUUUACAGCUUUGUUUAAAUGCUGCUGAUCAUUGCUUCGAAGAUCGCGAUGGAGAGGAAAUUCACAGAGGCUGCGGAGAGUUUUAUUGUGAUCAUAAGAAAACCUGCGUGGAAUGCGUUGGAGAUGGUUGCAAUGGGAAUGCUGGUAGCACUCUGCUACCCAGCCGCUGUACGGUGUGUGAUACAACGGACCCAACUUGUGUAAAUGGAAGCCAUUUUGAUGUGUAUUGUGAUUAUAUUCGAGAGCCGUGUUACUCAAUGGUUCGAGCAGACGGAAUCCUAGAGCGUGGAUGUUUCUUCCGGUUAGACGAUAGCUUGAAAGGCAACUGUCUCGAUCAACAUGAUCGUAGCUGUAUUGUAUGCAGUUGGAAUACCUGUAAUCGUGCGCACGGGCGACAAUGCACACAGUGCACUUCUACCGAGCAUGGAGUCAACUGUUCAAGGGAAGCGAGUCCAAUGAAGGGAAAUUUCUGUAAACACCUUCAACACUACGAUCGCUGUUAUGCUAAAGACGUCGAUGGUGUUGUCACCCGAGGAUGUGUGUCUGACUUUGGUCCAACGGAGGAUGUAUGUUAUGGGUUAACAAAGACUGAAUGCUUUACUUGUGCCUCCGACAACUGCAACGAUCGAUCACUGAAUGCAGCUCUCCGUAUCACGAAUAUUAAUUUCCGCGAGUUACUUCCAACAGUGUUGCUGCUUCUGGUGACUAUUAAUAAAACGCUUAUGAAUUAAGUUAUCGAAAAGUCAUGCGUCAGGCUAUACUAGCACCAACUAGCAAUAUUGUAGACAAUUACAAUGUAUAGUAAAUAAAGUAAGCUUUAACAGAUUUGGGAAAAUGUAUGGUAUCAAUAGAUCGGAUCCAAAUUGAAUGUUGAGUCUUAUUAACUUUAAUAACCUUGAAAUUACCCAACACAGCCAAGACUGAGUGAACGGAUUGACCGUCAUAAAUGAUGCUGAUUAGCUUAUCACGCUGUUACCGUUCCAUUAAAUUUCCUUCAAUUCAAUCUAACCGGGAAAAUCAUUUUCCUGUCUGUAGCAGUGCUAUCUGUUGUUUGCGCAUAGAUAAGAGAUACCCGAAAACCACCAACUGGUCUCACUUGAGAGAGAAUCAUUCGCAUUUCGAGUUCGAAAAGAACGGGAAGCAAAAUGCUGCUCAUCCAAAUUUUGCUCCUAUCCAUUGUCGGCAUCGAGUCAGACGAUAGAUUCUACUGUCACAGCUGCGUAUCAUCGAUCUACCCCAACUGCGUCUGGAGUCCCCACACGUCCACCACGAAGGAUUGUGGCCCCGGAGACCGUGCCUGUGCCACCGUAAUCCUUCCAGAUGGUCACACGUACCGUGGCUGUUCGCAGGAUCCCGAGUGCAUUGAGGCCGGGCCAUCCGGUUGCCUUCGCUGUGAUAUCUUUUCCGGAUGCAAUAUCGAUCGGUAUCCAACGGAUCGUUUACGGUGCAAUAUCUGUCAGACCGCGGUGUCCGCAUCCUG